CCUUUCUCUCUCUCUCUGUCUCUCUUUCCCCCUCUCCCUUUUCCCUCCCCCCCUUCUCCGGACCCGGAUGCUGACUGGUGGUGGCGGCGGCGGCGGCUCCUUUCGGGACUGUCACUGAGCGGCUCCGCCGGGCCUCUUGUCCUGCACGAUGGCGGCGGAGGAGGCCGGGGGAGCGUCUUGUUCCUCGGCGCCGGGGCCGGUGUCGACGGGCCCCGGGCCGGGCCUCUGCGAGUGGCUCCUGCUGCGGGACGGCUGCCUGCGUUGCGACGCCGACGGGCUCUGCAGCCUCUGUUACCACCCUGCGCUUAACGCCAUCCUGGCCGUGACCGCCCACGGCGCCAUCAAAGUCAUCGACGGCACCUCAGGGGCGACGCUGCAGGCGUCGGCGCUCAGCGCUAAGCCAGGUGGACGUGUGAAAUGUCAGUACAUUUCUGCUGUGGAUAAAGUAAUCUUUGUGGAUGAUUAUGCAGUUGGAUGUAGGAAAGAUCUGAAUGGUAUCUUGCUGUUAGACACAGCUCUGCAAACACCUGUUUCUAAGCAAGAUGAUGUGGUUCAGCUUGAAUUGCCAGUGACAGAGGCUCAACAACUGUUAUCUGCAUGCAUCGAGAAGGUAGAUGUGUCAAGCACAGAGGGGUAUGAUUUGUUUCUUGCACAAUUGAAAGAUGGCUUAAAAAAUACCUCACAUGAAACAGCAGCAAACCACAAAGUUGCAAAGUGGGCAACGGUUAUGUUCCAUCUCCCGCAUCAUGUAUUGAAGUCUGUCGCCAGUGCCAUUGUAAAUGAACUCAAGAAGAUAAAUCAGAAUAUUGCUGCCUUACCUGUAGCCUCAUCUGUGAUGGAUAGAUUAUCGUACCUCUUGCCCAGUGCACGACCUGAACUUGGUGUGGGGCCUGGCCGAUCAGUAGAUAGGUCUUUGAUGUAUAGUGAGGCUAACAGACGGGAAACAUUCACUUCAUGGCCUCAUGUAGGUUAUAGGUGGGCACAGCCAGAUCCCAUGGCUCAAGCUGGGUUCUACCAUCAGCCUGCCUCAUCAGGAGAUGACAGAGCCAUGUGUUUUACGUGUAGUGUGUGUUUGGUGUGCUGGGAGCCAACAGAUGAACCUUGGUCUGAACAUGAAAGACAUUCCCCAAACUGCCCAUUUGUGAAAGGCGAGCACACGCAAAAUGUGCCCCUCUCGGUCACGCUGGCAACAAGUCCAGCGCAGUUUCCUUGUACAGAUGGCACAGACAGAAUAGUCUGCUUUGGAUCGGGGAGCUGUCCUCACUUUUUAGCUGCUGCAACAAAACGAGGAAAGAUCUGUAUAUGGGAUGUUUCAAAACUUAUGAAGGUGCACUUAAAAUUUGAGAUCAAUGCUUAUGAUCCAGUAAUUGUACAACAGCUUGUGUUGUCUGGAGAGCAGAGCUCAGGGGUCGACUCAAGGAGACCAACAAUAGCAUGGAUAGAAGAUUCAUCUAGCUGUUCAGAUAUACCAAAAUUGGAAGGAGAUAGUGAUGAUUUACUGGAGGAUUCAGACAGUGAAGAGCAUUCCAGAUCAGAAUCAGUGACUGGACAUACAUCACAAAAGGAAACCAUGGAAGUAAGCCUUGAUAUAACAGCCCUCAGCAUUCUUCAGCAGCCUGAGAAACUUCAGUGGGAAAUAGUUGCAAAUGCACUUGAAGAUACAGUGAAAGACUUGGAAGAACUUGGGGCAAAUCCCUGCCUAAGUAACUGUAAGAGUGAAAAGAUGAAGGAAAAGCAUCUGGAACAUCACAACAUUCCCUUUCCUUGUUUGUUAGCUGGAGGUUUAUUAACAUACAAAUCACCUGCUACCUCUCCUGUUAGUAGUCAUUCUCAGAGGUCACUGGAAGAUUUAAGCAGGACUCAAGGUGGUAGUGUAUCAGACCAGGGAUCAACUGACAAUGAAUCCUGUACUAAUUCAGAACUGAAUUCUCCUCUGGUAAGGAGGACUUUACCUAUAUUGCUGCUUUACAGCAUUAAGGAAUCUGAUGAAAAAGCAGGAAAAAUCUUUUCACAGAUGAACAAUAUCAUGAGUAAAAGUUUACAUGAUGAUGGUUUUACAGUUCCACAGAUCAUAGAGAUGGAGCUGGAUAGUCAGGAGCAAUUGCUGUUGCAGGAUCCUCCUGUGACAUAUAUUCAGCAGUUUGCAGAUGCAACAGCUAGCCUAACUUCUCCAGACUCUGACAAGUGGAACUCUAUGGUUCCUAAGCCUGGGACUUUGGUACAGUGCCUACGGCUGCCAAAGUUUGCAGAGGAGGAGAACUUUUGUGUAGAUUCAAUCACUCCUUGUGCAGAUGGAGUUCAUUUGUUAAUAGGACUGCGGGCAUGCCCUGUUGAAUCCCUGAGUGCAAUAAAUCAAGUAGAGGCCUUGAAUAAUUUAAAUAAAUUAAACUCGGCACUAUGUAAUAGAAGAAAAGGAGAGCUAGAAUCCAGCCUUGCUGUAGUGAACGGCGCAAAUAUUGGUAUGAUCCAGAAUGAGUCACCAGCAGAUGUGCAGACGCCUUUAAUAAUUCAACCAGAGCAGCGGAAUGCUAGUGGUGGUUACCUAGUACUUUACAAAAUGAACUAUGCCACUCGGAUUGUGACUCUUGAAGAGGAACCCAUAAAAAUCCAACAUAUCAAAGACCCACAGGAUACCAUUACCUCAUUGAUUUUGCUCCCACCAGACAUUUUGGAUAAUCGAGAAGAUGACUGUGAGGAGCCCACAGAGGAAAUACAAAUAACUUCUAAGAAUGGCAGCGAGAGAGAGAAAAGAUCAGAAAUUUCUACUCUUGGGCAUCUGGUAAUAACCACUCAGGGAGGAUAUGUAAAAAUAUUAGAUCUUUCAAACUUUGAAAUUCUGGCCAAAGUGGAGCCACCUAAAAAGGAGGGUUCUGAGGAACCAGAUAAAUUUGUCUCUGUAAUAUACUGCUCGGGUACAGAUAGACUCUGUGCAUGCACCAAAGGUGGAGAACUUCAUUUCCUCCAGAUUGGAGGGACUUGUGAUGAUGUUGAUGAAGCUGAUAUACUUGUGGAUGCAUCUCUCUCUAAAGUGGCAGAGCAGUUAACAGAAGGCACAAAGCCUUUAUCUAAUCCUUCCAGUCCAGGCAUUACAGGAGUUGAUCUUCUGGUGGACCAGCCAUUUUCCCUUGAAACAUUAACAUCUUUAGUAGAGCUGACUCGCUUUGAGACUUUGACACCCCGAUUUUCUGCCACUGUUCCUCCAUGUUGGGUAGAGGUUCAGCAGGAACAGCAGCAAAGGCGGCACCCGCAACACUUGCACCAGCAGCACCAUGGAGAUGCAGCUCAGCAUACUCGGACUUGGAAAUUACAAACAGAUAGCAACAGCUGGGAUGAACAUGUUUUUGAAUUGGUCUUGCCAAAAGCCUGUAUGGUUGGACAUGUGAACUUCAAAUUUGUUUUGAAUUCAAACAUCACAAACAUUCCACAGAUUCAAGUGACUUUGUUGAAAAACAAAGCUCCAGGCUUGGGGAAAGUCAGUGAAGCAGCUGUAGAUAGACAGAUAGCUUUCCCUCUGUCACCAGCUCAUAAUAUUGAAAUUGAAAGGAAUGGAAAACAAGGACUGGAUGAUUUGAAUGAAGAAAUGCAGAAUAUGGAUGUGGAGGAGACACAAUGCCCCCGACUAUGUCCCUUUUUAGAGGAUCAUAAAGAAGAUAUUUUGUGUGGUCCUGUAUGGUUGGCCACUGGUCUUGAUCUCUCAGGGCAUGCUGGAAUGUUGACACUAACAAGUCCAAAGCUUGUUAAAGGUAUGGCAGGUGGAAAAUACCGUUCUUUUUUAAUUCAUGUGAAAGCAGUGAAUGACAGAGGAACAGAAGAGAUCUGCAAUGGUGGAAUCUGGCCUGUUGUAAGGAUACCAUCUCUAAAACCUCAGAAUAGCAAGGGUCAUUCACUUGCCUCACUUCUGGCAAAAGUUGCAGCAGGCAAGGACAAGUCCUCUAAUAAAACAGAAGUCAGCAAUUCAUCACGGAAAACUGACAACCUCCGUGGGUGCGACUUGCUUCAAGAAGUUUCUGUAACAAUUAGAAGAUUUAAAAAAACAUCUGUUUCAAAGGAAAGAGUUCAGCGGUGUGCUAUGUUGCAGUUUUCAGAAUUCCAUGAAAGACUUCUGAACACCCUCUGCAAAAAGGCGGAAGAUGGAGUUGUGACCGAGCAUGCUCAAAGUCUUGUGUUAGAUAUCUUAUGUUGGCUGGCAGGAGUUCAGUCUAAUGGACCGGGCAGUUCAAAAGAAGCAAAUGAGAGCUUACUGUCUAAAGCAAGGAUGUGUCUCUUCGAUAUAGUGCGUGUGUGCUUCUUUGAAGCAGGUCGAAGCAUAGCACACAAAUGUGCACGUUUUCUAGCUCUUUGCAUAAGCAAUGGGAAAUUUGAGCCAAGUCAACAAGGAUUUGGCUCGAUCCUUCUGAAGGCUUUGCUUGGCAAUAUAUCUUAUUUACCUGCAGCUGCAACUGGAGGAUCUGUAUAUUGGUAUUUUGUAUUGCUGAACUACGUAAAGGAUGAAGAUUUAGCUGGCUGCAGUACUGCUUGUGCAUCCCUGCUAACUGCAGUGUCCAGACAGUUACAGGACCGGUUAACACCCAUGGAAGCGUUACUGCAGACAAGAUAUGGAUUGUAUAGUUCGCCUUUUGAUCCGGUGCUCUUCGAUUUGGAAAUGAGUGGCUCUUCUUGUAAGAAUAUCUAUAACAGCAGCAUUGGUGUACAGUCAGAUGAGAUUGACUUAUCUGAUGUUCUCUUAGGAAACGGAAAGAUCAGUAGCUGUGCAGCAGCUGAAGGUAGUUUUACUUCCCUCACUGGUCUCCUGGAAGUUGAACCUCUGCACUUUACUUGCGUCUCGACUAGUGAUGGGACAAGAAUAGAAAGGGACGAUGCAAGUACGUUUACUGUGAGUACCUUCGGGGUUACCCCAGCAGUUGGUGGCCUCUCAUCUGGGACAGUUGGGGAAGCCUCGACAGCACUGAGUUCAGCGGCCCAGGUAGCUUUGCAGUCUCUCUCUCAUGCAAUGGCCUCAGCCGAGCAACAGCUCCAAGUGCUUCAAGAGAAACAGCAGCAGCUUUUGAAGCUUCAGCAACAGAAAGCAAAGCUGGAAGCAAAACUACAUCAGACAACAGCAGCAGCUGCUGCAGCAGCAUCAGCAGUUGGUCCUGUUCACAACUCUGUGCCUUCCAACUCAGUAGCAGCCCCAGGGUUCUUCAUUCACCCGUCGGAUGUCAUCCCGCCCACUCCUAAAACAACCCCCCUGUUCAUGACUCCGCCUCUAACACCACCUAAUGAGGCAGUUUCUGCUGUUAUCAAUGCAGAGCUUGCACAGCUUUUCCCGGGCUCAGUCAUUGAUCCUCCACCAGUUAACCUUUCUGCACACAACAAAAAUGCAAACAAGUCCAGAACGAAUCCACUUGGGACUGGCCUUGCUCUUGCAAUAUCACAUGCUUCACAUUUUCUUCAGCCUCCACCUCAUCAGUCCAUCAUAAUAGAGCGAAUGCAUUCAGGUGCAAGGAGGUUUGUGACAUUGGAUUUUGGCAGACCCAUUUUAUUGACAGAUGUAUUGAUUCCAACUUGUGGUGAUCUUGCUUCCUUGUCAAUUGAUAUCUGGACACUUGGUGAAGAAGUUGAUGGAAGGAGGCUAGUGGUUGCUACAGAUAUUAGCACCCAUUCUCUCAUUCUGCAUGAUUUAAUACCACCACCCGUUUGCAGGUUCAUGAAGAUUACAGUCAUUGGUCGUUAUGGAAGUACAAAUGCUAGAGCCAAAAUUCCUUUAGGGUUUUACUAUGGGCACACAUAUAUUUUGCCACUGGAAAGUGAGCUGAAGAUUAUGCAUGAUCCUUUACGAGGAGAAGUUGAAUCUGCAAACCAGCCAGAAAUUGAUCAACACUUAGCCAUGAUGGUUGCGUUGCAGGAAGACAUACAGUGCAGGUAUAAUUUAGCCUGCCAUAGGCUUGAAACACUUCUGCAAAGCAUUGAUCUUCCUCCGUUGAACAGUGCUAACAAUGCUCAGUAUUUUCUACGAAAGCCAGAUAAAGCAGUAGAGGAAGACAGUCGAGUAUUUUCUGCUUAUCAAGACUGCAUUCAGCUACAACUACAGCUAAAUUUGGCUCAUCACGCUGUGCAGAGGCUCAAAGUAGCUCUAGGUGCAAGCAGGAAGAUUCUCAAGGAACAAAGUGAUCCCAAAGAGCUGAUUCAGAUGUCCUCCACGGAGCAGUUGCGCACUAUUAUCCGAUACCUGUUGGAUACUUUACUUAGUUUGCUCCAUUCUUCCAAUGGGCACUCUGUUCCUGUGGUUCUACAAAGUACGUUUCAUGCUCAAGCUUGUGAAGAAUUGUUCAAGCACUUGUGCAUCAGUGGGACUCCAAAGAUACGCCUGCAUGCAGGCCUUCUGCUUGUUCAGCUGUGUGGCGGCGAAAGGUGGUGGGGGCAGUUCCUUUCAAACGUCCUUCAAGAAUUGUAUAAUUCAGAGCAACUUCUCAUUUUUCCACAGGACAGGGUCUUCAUGUUACUUUCUUGCAUUGGCCAAAGAUCACUCAGCAAUACUGGUGUCUUAGAAAGUUUGCUGAAUCUGUUGGAUAACCUGUUGUCCCCUCUUCAACCUCAGCUACCCACCCACAGAUGCACAGAAGGUGUUCUAGACAUUCCUAUGAUUAGCUGGGUUGUAAUGCUGGUAUCCAGACUCUUGGACUACGUGGCAACUGUGGAAGAUGAAGCAGCUACAGCUAAGAAGCCUUUGAAUGGAAAAGAGAGAGACAGAUUCUUGACAGGCAAUCAGUGGAGCUUCAUUAAUAAUAAUCUACACACACAAAGCCUCAAUAGGUCUUCAAAAGGCAACAGUAGCUUAGAUAGAUUAUAUUCCAGAAAGAUCAGAAAGCAGCUUGUUCAUCACAAACAGCAACUUAACUUACUAAAAGCAAAACAGAAGGCUUUGGUGGAACAGAUGGAAAAAGAGAAAAUACAAAGCAACAAAGGAUCAUCCUAUAAACUUUUAGUAGAACAGGCAAAACUAAAACAGGCCACGUCAAAGCACUUUAAGGAUCUGAUUCGUUUACGUCGGACCGCAGAGUGGCCUCGUUCUACAUUAGACACCGAAGUAUCGACUGCAAAAGAAACUCCAGAAAUUGAACCCCUUCCAUUUACGUUGGCACAUGAACGCUGUAUUUCAGUAGUGCAAAAGUUGGCACUUUUUCUUUUGUCAAUGGAUUUUACUUGUCAUGCAGAUCUACUGCUGUUCGUGUGUAAGGUUCUUGCUAGAAUUGCCAAUGCUACAAGACCUACAAUUCAUUUGUGUGAAAUUGUGAACGAAGCUCAGCUGGAAAGGCUACUGUUGCUUCUGGUUGGGACAGACUUUAACAGAGGUGAUAUCUCUUGGGGAGGAGCAUGGGCUCAGUAUUCUCUGACAUGUAUGCUGCAAGACAUCCUAGCAGGAGAAUUGUUGGCUCCUAUAGCUGCUGAAGCCAUGGAGGAAGCUGCAAUGGGAGAAGAGGCAGGGGCUUCAGCUGCAGACUCGGAUGAUGCUCUUCAGCAGUCUGCAGUUCAGUUAGUAGACACUAUUGAUGAGCCUUUGACACAUGACAUCACAGAGCAUGGUGGUAUUAAGCUCUUUGAAUCACCUAAAGGUACUCCACCUCUGUCAUCUUUGGAAAAAGAUAAAGACAUUGAUCUUGAGUUACUACAAGACCUGAUGGAAGUUGAUAUUGAUCCUUUAGAUAUUGACUUAGAGAAAGAUCCCCUUGCAGCGAAAGUCUUCAAGCCUAUAAGCAGCACAUGGUAUGAUUACUGGGGUGCUGACUAUGGUACAUAUAAUUACAACCCUUACAUUGGAGGCGUUGGAAUCUCUGUGGCAAAACCACCAGUUACAACAGAGAAGAAUGGGUCACAAACUGUGAGCGUAUCAGUCUCUCAAGCUUUAGAUGCACGCUUAGAGGUUGGACUUGAACAACAAGCAGAACUGAUGCUGAAAAUGAUGUCCACUCUGGAAGCUGAUUCCAUUCUGCAGGCAUUAACCAACACGUCUCCUACAUUAACUCAGUCUCCGGGUGGAACAGAUGAUUCAUUGUUACAGGGGUUGCAUGCAUCAAAUCAGAGCAACCAGUUUAUUAUCCAGCUGUCCUCUAUACCAAUGUUAAGUGCAUGCUUCAACAAACUGUUCUCUAUGCUACAAGUCCAUCAUGUUCAGCUCGAAUCCCUUCUACAGUUAUGGCUCACAUUAAGCCUGAAUUCAGGGUCCACUGGGACUAAAGACAACUGCACUGAUGUUUUCUUGUAUAAUGCCAACCGGACACCUGUCAUUCCCUUAAAUCAAGCAUCAGUAACUAGCUUCCUGACUGUCCUGGCAUGGUAUCCUAAUACCUUACUGAGAACAUGGUGCCUUGUACUCCAUAGUCUAACCCUCAUGACGAACAUGCAAUUCAACUCUGGUCCCAGCAGUGCCAUUACAUCUCAGGAAAGUACUGCCCAACUGUUGGUGUCAGAUUCCAACCUCAUUCAUGUUUUAGUGAAGUUUCUUUCUGGAACCAACCCUCAUGGAACAAAUCAACAUAGUCCACAGGUUGGUCCAACAGCUACUCAAGCUAUGCAAGAAUUUCUUACUCGUUUACAAGUGCACCUUUCUUCAACAUGCCCUCAGAUGUUCAGUGAAUUUUUAUUAAAAUUAAUACAUAUUCUUUCAACGGAGAGGGGUGCUUUCCAGGCUGGCCAGGGGCCUCUGGAUGCACAAGUGAAGCUUCUGGAAUUUACCCUUGAGCAGAAUUUUGAAGUUGUCUCAGUGAGCACCAUUUCUGCUGUUAUUGAAUCCAUCACAUUUCUUGUGCACCAUUACAUUACGUGUGCUGACAAAGUUAUGUCUCGCAGUGGGUCCGACAGUUCAGUGGGUGCUAGAGCAUGUUUUGGAGGGCUUUUUGCUAAUAUCAUCCGGCCAGGGGAUGCCAAAGCAGUCUGUGGAGAGAUGACGAGGGAUCAGCUCAUGUUCGAUUUGCUCAAGCUGGUCAACAUCCUAGUGCAGCUGCCACUUUCAAGCAACAGAGAAUAUAGCGCUCGGGCUCAAAUGGCCAGCAGCACUACGGACAGCGUUUCCGAUGAAGAAAAGGUUUCAGGUGGAAAAGAUAGCAAUGGAAACAGUGGCAGUACCCAAGGCUCAACAGCAUAUGUGGCUGACCUAGUCUUAGCUAACCAGCAGAUUAUGAGCCAGAUUCUUUCUGCUCUGGGCCAGUGUAACAGCAGUGCUAUGGCAAUGAUAAUUGGUGCAAGUGGUUUACAUCUUACAAAACACGAGAAUUUUCACGGUGGAUUGGAUGCCAUUUCAGUUGGAGAUGGAUUGUUUACCAUACUAACAACACUCAGUAAAAAAGCCACUACGGUGCAGGUGAUGCUUCAGCCAAUUCUUACCUACAUGGCCUGUGGGUAUAUGGGGAGACAAGGUUCUCUUGCCACUUGCCAGUUGUCUGAGCCACUACUGUGGUUCAUCUUAAGAGUGCUGGAUACCAGUGAGGCACUGAAAGCAUUUCAUGAUAUGGGAGGAGUUCAGCUUAUUUGCAAUAACAUGGUGACAAGUACCAGAGCCAUAGUAAACACAGCAAGAAGCAUGGUUUCAACUAUUAUGAAAUUUCUAGACUCGGGCCCUAGCAAGGCAACAGAUAGUAGUUUGAAAGCAAGAGUGCUAGCUUCUGAACCUGAUAAUGCAGAAGGAAUCCACAACUUUGCACCAUUGGGUUCAAUCACAUCAAGCAGUCCUACAGCCCAGCCUGCCGAAGUGUUGCUGCAAGCGACUCCACCGCACAGAAGAGCUCGGUCUGCUGCCUGGUCUUACAUCUUUUUGCCUGAGGAAGCUUGGUGCGACCUUACAAUUCAUCUUCCAGCUGCAGUGUUGUUAAAAGAAAUACACAUUCAGCCUCAUCUUGCAUCUCUUGCAACAUGUCCUUCGUCAGUAUCUGUUGAAAUUAGUGCAGAUGGGGUGAACAUGUUACCUUUGUCUACGCCUGUUAUCACAAGUGGUCUUACGUACAUAAAAAUACAGCUUGUAAAAGCUGAAGUUGCCUCCGCCGUUUGUCUUCGCCUUCACCGCCCACGAGAUGCUAGCACGUUAGGACUAUCUCAGAUUAAAUUACUUGGGCUCACUGCCUUUGGUAACACUUCAUCUGCAACCGUCAACAAUCCAUUCCUUCCUUCUGAAGACCAGGUAUCCAAAACAAGCAUUGGAUGGUUAAGGUUGUUGCACCAUUGCCUCACUCACAUAAGUGAAUUAGAAGGAAUGAUGGCAAGUGCCGCGGCACCCACUGCCAACCUGUUGCAGACAUGUGCUGCUCUACUGAUGUCUCCAUACUGUGGCAUGCAUUCUCCAAACAUUGAGGCAGUGCUUGUAAAAAUUGGUCUUCAGUCUACCAGAAUAGGCCUGAAACUGAUAGACAUUCUUUUAAGAAACUGUUCUGCAUCAGGGAGUGAUCCUACAGAUUUGAAUAGCCCCUUGCUUUUUGGGAGAUUAAAUGGCCUGUCAUCUGAUUCUACCAUUGACAUCCUCUAUCAGCUCGGGACUACUCAGGACCCUGGAACGAAAGAUAGAAUUCAAGCCCUAUUGAAGUGGGUCAGUGAUUCGGCAAGAGUAGCUGCUAUGAAGAAAAGUGGCCGAAUUAACUACAUCUGUCCAAACAGUUCUACAAGAGAGUAUGGUCUUCUGAUGCCAUCUCCUUCCCAUUUGCACUGUGUAGCAGCAAUUUUAUGGCACAGCUAUGAAUUGCUUGUAGAGUACGACUUGCCAGCAUUGCUGAACAGAGAGCUCUUUGAGUCUCUCUUUAAUUGGUCCAUGUCUCUUCCCUGCAAUAUGGUUUUGAAGAAAGCUGUUGACAGCCUGCUUUGUUCAAUGUGCCAUAUUCACCCAAACUAUUUUUCCUUACUCAUGGGCUGGAUGGGUAUUACUCCUCCCCCUGUGCAGUUGCAACACAGACUGUCUAUGACAGAUGACAGCAAAAAGCAGGACCUUAGUUCAUCUUUAACAGAUGACUCUAAAAAUGCACAAGCACCUCUUGCACUAACAGAGUCUCACCUGGCCACCCUUGCUGCCUCGUCUCAGUCUCCUGAAGCUAUUAAACAGCUGUUGGACUCAGGUUUGCCCUCUCUUCUUGUAAGAAGCCUUGCGAGUUUCUGCUUUAACCAUACCUCUGCCUAUGACUGCAACGCUCAGUCAACAGACAGUUCCCAAGACAGGCUCAGAAGGCACCACGUCCCGCAGCACUUUAACAAGAUGCCCAUCACAGCCGACUUAGUUGCUCCUGUUCUCAGGUUUUUGACAGAAGUUGGAAACAGCAACCUUAUGAAGGACUGGCUGGGCGGCUCUGAAGUCAACCCACUGUGGACAGCACUUUUGUUUCUCCUUUGCCAUUCUGGUGCUACUUCUGGUGGACAUGGUGGGGUGACUCAGCAGACUAGUGCUAGGUCAACUUUACUUUCUUCAGCUUCUGGAACAGGACUGACGACUCAGCAAAGGACCGCAGUUGAAAAUGCCACAGUUGCAUUCUUCUUGCAGUGCAUCUCUUGCCAUCCUAAUAACCAGAGAUUGAUGGCUCAGGUUCUCUGUGAACUCUUCCACUCCUCUCCUCAAAGAAGCAACCUCCCAACAUCAGGAAAUAUUUCAGGAUUCAUUAGAAGGCUGUUUUUGCAGUUGAUGCUAGAGGAUGAAAAAGUCACAAUGUUCCUUCAGUCACCUUGUCCAUUGUACAAAGGUAGAAUUAAUGCAACCAGCCAUGUAAUUCAGCAUCCAAUGUAUGGGGCAGGACACAAGUUCCGCACUCUUCUUUUACCAGUCUCAACAACACUGGCAGAGGUUCUUGAUAGAGUGUCAGAUACCCCAAGCAUAACCGCAAAAUUAAUUAGUGAACAAAAAGAAGAUAAGGAGAAAAAGAACUAUGAAGAGAAAGAAAAAGUUAAAGCAGAAAAUGGGUUUCAGGACAAUUACAGUGUUGUUGUUGCCUCUGGUUUGAAGUCUCAGUCGAAAAGGGCUGUAUCCUCUACACCCCCUCGCCCACCCUCAAGACGAGGGAGAGUGAUGGCGGAUAAAGUAGGCAACUCCUCCACUGGAGGCGACACUUCCAGCAAAACUAUUAGUGUUCCUGUUUUUCACUUGUACCAUAAACUGCUACCAGGUCAGCCACUGCCGCCUGAGAUGACACUUGCUCAGCUUCUGACUCUGCUGUAUGAUCGCAAACUCCCUCAAGGAUACCGAUCCAUAGACUUGGCAGUUAAGCUUGGCUCCAAGGUGAUCUCAGAUCCAAGCCUUUCAAAAACAGACUCGUUCAAGCGCCUCCACACUGAAAAAGAACAUGCAGAUUUAUUGGGGCCUUGCACUGAGGAUGAAGCAGUCACACCAGGUGAAGAGUGCAUGGAUGCUGUGCUGGAUGAAUCCUUUCUUGAAGUGUGUCCCAUUCAGUCUCCAUUGCAAGUUUUUGCUGGUAUGGGUGGCCUGGCCCUCAUCGCAGAAAGGCUUCCUAUGCUUUACCCAGAUGUAAUUCAGCAAGUGAGUGCUCCAGUGGUUACAUCCACCACCCAGGAGAAGCAGAAGGACAGUGAUCAGUUUGAAUGGGUUACCAUUGAACAAUCGGGAGAGCUGGUUUAUGAAGCCCCAGAAACAAUUGCUGCAGAACCUGCACCAAUCAAAUCAACAGUUCAAACUAUGUCUCCCAUACCUGCUCAUUCUUUGGCUGCUUUUGGAUUAUUUCUUCGCCUCCCAGGCUAUGCUGAGGUGCUACUUAAAGAGAGGAAACAUGCCCAGUGUCUGCUUAGAUUGGUGUUGGGAGUUACAGAUGAUGGUGAAGGAAGCCAUAUUCUGCAGUCUCCUUCCGCUAAUGUGCUUCCAACCCUUCCGUUUCAUGUGCUGCGCAGCUUGUUCAGCACCACACCUUUGACUACUGAUGAUGGAGUACUCCUCAGGCGAAUGGCAUUAGAAAUUGGGGCAAUACAUCUUAUCCUUGCCUGCCUGUCUGCUCUUAGCCACCAUGCUCCAAGAGUCCCCAAUUCUAGUUCUAACCAGACGGAGCCACAGGUGUCAAGCACACAUAACAGUGCAACCACAGAAGAACAGCAGCUUUACUGGGCUAAAGGCACUGGGUUUGGAACUGGUUCUACUGCUUCUGGAUGGGAUGUGGAACAAGCUUUAACUAAACAAAGACUGGAAGAAGAACACGUCACGUGUCUCUUACAGGUUUUGGCUAGCUACAUAAAUCCUGCAGGCAGCACAUCAAAUGGAGAUGUCCAGUCCAGCCACGAAAGUAGAGGACAAAACAGCAAUGCCCUUCCGUCAGUUCUGCUAGAACUACUUAGUCAAUCAUGUCUUAUUCCAGCAAUGUCAUCUUAUCUCCGCAAUGAUUCAGUUUUGGAUAUGGCCAGGCAUGUUCCCCUGUACAGAGCUCUGUUAGAGCUUCUCCGAGCUAUUGCUUCAUGCACAUCUAUGGUGCCAUUGUUGCUGCCUCUGUCUGGGGAAAACGGAGAAGAGGAAGAAGAGCAACUGGAGUCCCAGACUUCAGUUGGAACUCUGUUGGCUAAAAUGAAGACGUGUGUUGAUACUUAUACUAACCGACUGAGGUCUAAAAAGGACAAGACUAAAACUGGAGUGAAGUCAGAUACUUCAGAUCAAGAGCCAGAGGGACUGACGCUUUUGGUACCAGAUAUCCAAAGGACUGCUGAGAUAGUUUAUGCUGCUACAACAAGUUUGCGCCAGGCAAACCAAGAGAGAAAAUUGGCUGAAUACUCUAAAAAAGCUGCUGUGAAGCCCAAGCCCUUGUCGGUUUUAAGAUCCCUUGAAGAAAAAUAUGUGGUUGUAAUGAAAAAGCUCCAGUUUGAUACCUUUGAGAUGGUUUCAGAAGAUGACGAUGGAAAACUAGUGUUUAAAGUAAAUUACCACUACAUGUCACAGGUGAAAAAUGCUAGUGAUGCAAACAGUGCUGCCAGAGCCAGACGUCUUGCUCAAGAAGCUGUAACACUUUCUACAUCGCUGCCUCUUUCCUCUUCAUCCAGUGUCUUUGUCCGCUGUGAUGAGGAGAGACUAGACAUCAUGAAGGUUUUGAUAACUGGCCCAGCAGACACACCUUAUGCAAAUGGCUGUUUUGAAUUUGAUGUGUAUUUUCCGCAAGACUAUCCUAAUUCACCUCCACUUGUAAAUCUGGAAACAACUGGAGGACACAGUGUGAGAUUCAAUCCAAAUCUUUACAAUGAUGGCAAGGUUUGCUUAAGUAUUCUUAACACCUGGCAUGGAAGACCAGAAGAGAAGUGGAAUCCCCAGACAUCAAGCUUUUUACAAGUAUUGGUGUCUGUGCAAUCCCUCAUAUUAGUUGCAGAGCCCUAUUUCAAUGAACCAGGAUAUGAAAGAUCGAGAGGGACUCCAAGCGGCACACAGAGUUCCAGAGAAUACGAUGGAAAUAUACGGCAAGCAACAGUCAAAUGGGCUAUGCUUGAGCAAAUCAGAAAUCCUUCACCGUGUUUUAAAGAGGUUAUACACAAACACUUCUACUUGAAGAGAGUAGAAAUCAUGGCUCAGUGUGAGGAGUGGAUAGCAGAUAUACAACAAUACAGCAGCGAUAAACGGGUAGGCAGGACUAUGUCUCAUCACGCUGCCGCUCUAAAGCGUCACACAGCUCAACUGCGGGAAGAGCUUCAGAAACUCCCCUGUCCCGAAGGCCUGGACCCAGAUGCUGAUGAUUCAGCUGAGAAAUGCAGUGCCAUGACAAGUGCUGAGGAUGCUCUGUUGCACGAGCAAGUCAAACCGAGCAGCAGUAAAGACCUCCCAAGUGACUUCAAAUUAUGAGCUGCGUUGACAUGGACUUGAUAGACACACGAGGCUUUGAAGCACAAGCCAAAUAUGUCAAUAUUUGUAUCUAAGAAGCUAAUUAUGUAAUAGGUAAUGAAACUAUACUAUGCCCUUCAGGAUAUACAGAUUAAUUCAAGAUGAUCUUUUAUUUACCUGUACAAGAGUGUAAACUUUUUUGUGCUUUUAUUUCCAAUUGUGAGAACCACUGAUUGGUAUGUUUAAAAAGUUAUGUAUACAAGAAUGGAUAAAUCACUGCUAUAUAAGGGAAGCUACCUUAGGAAAGAAUGUUUACUGAAUGUUUAUAAUUUUUUUUUUACUUGUAGAGUGAGGGCGGUUGUAACAAAGAAUAUAUAUUGGUCAUUCUUACAGCUAUUUAAAGUCGGACAGUUUUCAAUGAAUUUGAUAGAUUUUACGUUUGGCCAUAUCUCCAUUCUCAUAUUUGAUUUCUAAAAGGAACCUCCUGUAUACUUCAAUAAAGGUCAAAUGGACAUGCUCCCUCUUAUGA